AUGUCUUUCCUGUCCGCUGAGGAAAAGUUUGCUGAAAUCCUCGUUUUCAAGCAGAGGAUGAAGGAGCGUAUCCCUCCCACCGUCUCGACUGCUUACCGCAAAACCCUCCAUGAGACAAUUGAGCACAUGGUCGACACGCCCGACCACAUCGACUGCAAGCUCAAGUGGCAGGUCAUGUCCGACUAUGUCUCCAAUGUUGAGCCUCCUUCGCACUUCGUCAUUGGCCUCAGUCUCGCCUUUGACUCGCUCGCGCUCGAGGGUGAAGCCCUAAAGUGCCAGAAGCAGUUCUACACCAAUAACCCCUACUUGGCUCACCACUUGAACGAGUGGACUGUCCAGGGUCUCAUCAACAACCACAACAAAAAGAUCCACGCCGGCGACACCACCGGCGAUUAUGUACACAACACUGACGGUAGUCCCUGGAACCCCGAGGCCAUCAUCGUCAGCCACACUGCAAAGCGCCUAGCCUCUGCCGUUGAGGACCUCUCCUCUGGUCCAUCUCCCAAGAGACGCCCCGCCCCAGAGGCUGACAUGCGUACUACGUACUUUGAGAACAAGGAAACGCCCCGUCUCAAUUUCCUGGUCAAGGCGCCAGAGAUUCCCAGAGAUUUGCGCCCCAUCAUCCCGGGUAUGCCUGAAGUUCCCAAGAGCCCUCCUAUUCCGAAUACCAUGACGCUUCCCCUCCUUGAGCCCAUGAACCUCUCGCCCAGCCCCUUCAGGAACCCCAUCCCGGGCUCAAAGAUGGACAGUCCCAUUGACAACGGCUCUCUCUUCAAUAACCCGGCCCGCUUCCCCGUCGAGACCUACAACCUGGCCAGCCCCGACCGCCAGUCCUCCACCUGCAUUGGCGAUGGCGACUACGGCAUGGUCUCGAACGGCUACAACCCCAGCGGCCCCUCCGACUUCUUCGACAACCGGGCGACCCCUUUCCCCGGCGGCCACUCUGGCGACCAGAACCACAACGAGACUUGGCCCGACGCCGUCCCUGAGGCGCCAAGCAAUAUCAUCACUCCCCUCCCCGCCCGCAUGCCCACCACAGCAGCAGCUCUCGCUCCUCCAGCCACCAUUCAAGCCGCUGCUGCCCCCGCUGCUGCCCCCGCUGCUGCCCCUGCCCUCAGAAUCCCAGGCGACAACGCCUCCAACCCCUGGAUCGUCGCCGAGCACAACUCCGCCGAGAAGAUUGCCCUCCUCGGCACCCGUAUCGCCAAGCAGCACGCCAAAGCCGCCGACAAGAUCAAGCACGCGGACGCACUGCGCAACGAGCACGCCGCGAUGGCCAAGCCGCCUCUCUUCAUCAACAACAACAACAACGCCCAACGUGUUGGCGGCGCCUACAUCACUGCCGCAGACGGCGAGGCUCUCUGCAAGUUCGUCAUGGACGCCCACGACUUUGAGGUCCGCGCCUACAAGCACUAUAGCGAGGGCAUCCAGGCCAUGGUCGAGGCCUCGCGCCUUGAGAGAGAGCGCUACGACGAGUGCGCCGCUGCGGCGAACCAGCGUAUCGAACGUCAGCAGAUCGUGGUCACCGGUCUCGUCAACUUCGUCCGGAGAGAGCGCGAGUGGGCGCAGGGCUUCGACGCUGGUGAUGGCGACGAUGGCGGUGGGGCUUCCGCGCUUCCGCCUGCGCCCGGAACCCUCCGGGAUCUCACCGCCAGGCUCACCCGCCAGCAGGAGGCUGCCAACUGGUCUUACCAGCAGGUCAAGCAGGCCCAGCAGCAGAAUCGGCAGCAGUAA